AUUCAACCCUGCGCACAAUAUUUACCAACCAACCAAUUGGUGUGAUUGCAACCGCAAUUUGUAAUAAAAAUUCUUUGAUUCCUCUAUUAUUAAUUAAAAAAUAUUUAAAAUUAGUACAUGUGAAUUUUUUUUUAAUACAAUAUCUUUCAUUCGUAUAAUAAAAUAUAUAAAAUGUCAGACUGGGAUACUGUUCCGAUUACUCUUAGAAAACGUGUCCCAAAAGGUUCUGCAAUGAAAUCAGAACAGGCUGUAAAUGCAGCUCGCAGACAAGGCGUUGCUGUCGAGACACAGGUUAAAUGGGGCGGGGGAGCAAAUAAACAACACGUCACUACAAAAAAUACAGCAAAAUUGGAUCGCGAGACGGAGGAAUUGAAGCACGAUAAAGUCUCUCUGGAUCUUGGGAAACUUAUACAGCAAGGUCGUCAAAACAAAGGAUUAUCCCAGAAAGACUUGGCAACGAAAGUAAAUGAAAAAGCACAAGUGAUAAAUGAUUACGAAGCAGGUCGUGGAAUUCCAAAUCAAUUGGUUAUCGGAAAAAUAGAGAAAGUUCUCGGAAUCAAAUUACGAGGAAAGGAUCGAGGAUCUGCUUUGGUUUCCCCCGGGACAAAGAAGUGAAUCUCGGGGGAACAAUACUUAAUUUUUUUGUCAUUUCAGAAACCCGUAUGGACAUGACAACGUGUCUUUGGUCUCGAUUUGUUAUUUUUUGAUAUUCUGCAUAAUAAAGUACUGCGAUAUUGUGUUUAUAUAUAGUAAAAAUAAAUAAAACGAUAAAAAUAAUUACUUAAGAAGAAUGUAAUCAUUGCGAAACUGGGCUUUUACGCACCCUGCUCAAACUCAAUGAUAGGUAUAUAAUUUAUAUUAAAUUUUUAUAAUAAAAACUAUUAAUUUAUAUCAAA